AUGGACACUGAUACUCCUGGUAUCGGGAUCAACGAGUUCCAGCACGACGUAGCGUCGCAGCAUAUGCGUGAACGGGAAAUCCUAGAGCACAAUGAGCGUGCCAUGUGGAUUUCUCCGGCAGAGGAGGCAGACCCUCCGCUUCCGCCUGAUGCCUUGAUCAAUGUCCGGCGUGCAAAAAACCGUUUGAUCGAAAGCAGCCUUCCUAUCGGCACAUUGAAACUGGACUUUUGUCCAAGUAUUGAUGACGCUGACGCUCUGGAGCCUGGAGCCAUGAAGGAGAACACAGACGUUGUGUCGAGACGCGAGUCGCAGUCCCUUCACUCUGAUAUUGCUCUGGAAGAGGAUGCAUCUCCCGUGUUUGAUAUGCGCCGAUGGCCACUUGCUUCUCCUCCGCCGCAACACUCGCCUCGAGUCCAGUCUCGCGGAGAUAUGCCGCCGCUGCCGCCAGAUGCUGCUUUGCAUGUAGCCAUCGCCAAGGGGCGCGUGGCUAAGGACAAGUCGAGCAUAAAGCGUGUCUCUGACUCUAUGGAGGAUGAUGUGGUGCCCAAUCCUGUGCAUGAUCGCCCCCGUAUGCCUCAUUCGGCCAUCCGGCGAACACGACCCUGGCCAACAUCGACGUUCUCGCAGCAUUCUCAUCGCAGCUAUUCACCCGAUGAUGAUGAGCUUCAAAGUGAUUAUGACCCACCAUCUCUCCGUCGCACAGUAUCCACUGUCACCAUCGUGCGCAAGACAUCGACCCGGCCCGAUAUCGACAGGCUUCCCAAGAUGCCGCCGCCUCGUCCUAAACCCCAGACCAUGGCGCCGCCGCCUCGUCCUGUCGAGCCUGUAUCUUCAACGGAAAAUGACUGGUCCACGACUUUUGAUUCCCUGGAUGCAUUCGAGCCCAGCUCGCUCGACUUACUAGGUGAACCAAAACAGAUGAAGCCAACAAGUCGGUCUCUUCCUCGGACCACAAGGCCAGACUCAUCGACGUCCACAACUCAAAUGAGCCAAGAAGAUGACUCAGUAGAGUCUGCGUUCGAAGCGCCCCUCAAGGUGCCACCGACGCCUAGAGAACCAAACAAGACUUCGAUUCGGUUGCUCUCUCACAAUUCCUUGAGCCCAGAGCCUUUAUCACCGUCAUCCAGCGUUCAUCGGUCCAUGAUGAUGCGCGCGCCACUAACACCGUCGUACCCGCUUCGUGAUUCGCCGCGCUCAUCCGAGCCUACCACUGUGCGCUCCUCGACACAAACGGUGUUGGCCCGAGAUAUGCGUGAGAUCAACGACGUCCACAGUACGCCGUCGACGCCAGCCCCGGCUCACAGUCGAGCUGCUCUGCUUAUGACAGAUUCCACGCCUGUCUCAUCAUCUUUCUCUAUGCCGUCGGCACCAACGCAAUCCAUGCCGAAUCUGUCCAGCUCGUCAGCCACAUCACCACGGUCAUCGUCACCGAGAACACAGUUGCCGUCUACGGCGCAUGUUUCACCCCCACCCCCACCGUCAUGGGCAUCUACCCCGCCGUCAGGAUCCCCUCCCGCAUCACCGCCCAUCGUGCAAGGGCCGGCCCCGUAUCCUGGCUCUUACCUCUCGCUCAUGGAGCGCGUGAAGAUGGCAAGCAGCAUGAAUGCCUCCACGCGUCAUUUAGCCGCACGAGGCGUCCCCAUGUAUGGGUCUGGAAUGGAUGAUUAUGUGCAAACCAACCAAGUCUUGACAUCACCGGCUCCUGCAGAGAUCUACUCUACGGGUGCAAACGUGGAUGAGCCUGAAGAGCAUCCUGUCGGACAGUCCAAGACGAACGAAUCGGAAGCGCCCACAGUGCCAUCUAAAGACUCCGUAUGGCUCUCUGAUUCAGGAGAGGGUCUUGGCGCCACGGUACCGCCUGCGUCAGGUCCUGUGCAGACCAUGCCUACCAUGGCAUCCACACCUUCACAACCACGCUCUGUGCCAGUCUCAGCAUCUAAUACAUUUGCCAUGCCUUCUUCGUCGGCCGCAGAGGCGCCGCCGCCGCCAUCUAUGACAGGACACGAGCCUGCUGAACCUCAGCCUCAGGGUGCAAAGCUGCCACAACCCUUACCAGCAUCAGAAGCACCCAUGCGGACCUCGGAGCCACCACAGUUCUCGUGGAAUAUUAUGCCCGUGUGGCCUUCGGCGGCCGUAGACACGGCGAAACAGGGUAUCCCGGAAGAAGUAUCCAUGGCUGAUACAAGCUCAGCUACGAUGUUUGUGCGCUCAGACUCAGAACUGCCUACGGAGGCUAUGCGUGAUAUGAACUUGGUGCAAGAGACCAACGAACAGGCGCCGCCGGCACAUGUCAGCGAGCCGAAACCGCUCGACCCAUCGGAGCGUGAGGAGCAGCCCAGUUUGGAUGAGGUGGCCUGGUCUUUGCUGAGACAACCAAACCCCGAAACCCCCCUUACACAAUCGUUGCCUGGCGCGAUGCCAUCAUCCGAACAGCAUGAGCGACCAGAAUCGAACCCAUUUCGUCAGCUGCAGUCCAGCCGCGAUCACAGUUUGGCACCAGAGGCGGAUCUGGAAUCGGAUGCCCGGAGCAGCUUGUACACGGACGUACGGACUGCGCAAAUGAUGCGGAACUCGGCUGAUGCGCCGUUGGCUCAGUCUGACGUGAAUGAGAAUGCAAACGCGGUCUGGGUCAAGGCCUCUGCCCAUGACAUGAGAGAGACGCUGCAUCUUGUGUCCUCGAAAUCCGAGGCGAAUGUGAGAAUGAACAAGGACACACCGGCUCUGGCGUCAAAUUACAAGCGCGAUGAGUAUACGCAUGCGGCACCACUGCUUGUGGAUGACCUCGCCCCAACACCUCGGCCUUCUCACUCUGUUCUCGGAGCGCAGACGCCUGACAAUGAGCGCUGGACGCAGUCGGCUGCCAAAGCGACACCACCGCCUGCGUCGCCUCUGCCAUCGGUGCCCAUCGUGCGCAACAUAUCUCAUACGCCGAUGUCUACGCCUAUGACAUCAUCAGUGCCACCAGAACCUCAAUCGGAAUUUCUGAUCGAUCGGCGCUCCAAAACGCCCGUCAAUGCUUCAGAUUCGCUUUCAUGGACACGUCCUUCUCACGCUGGUCAGCUGAGUCCCCCCAUUCCUCAAGCUCCGGGUUCUCCGCUCCUAAGUAUGCUGGGCUCACCCACCAAUACACAUUAUCCAUCAGCCGUCUCACCCACGUCUCAGCGGGCCUUUUCACCCUUGACGUUCGAUUCCCCUCGUGUCCCAUCAAAGAAGUUGACAUACCCGCCAGGCACGCCUGUUGCUGCUGCGUCGCCAAAGGCAGCGCUUCCCGAAUCAAUCAAGAAUGUGGAAACGCCGCCCAUUUCUACCAUGCCCGAUGGCGCUUCGCCGAAAAGUGUGUUCUCUACGCCGUACAGGACAGGGUCAAGCAGUUUUCGCAAGCAAGGAGUGGCGACGCCGUUCGAACCAUCCACGCCGCCCAUGCCUAUUCGAGCGGCGCGGAACCAUCUUGCACCUUCCUCGUUGACGGAUUCUCCUGCGCCUCAGCAGCAGACGGCUCAUCCACCUAUUUUGAUGCCUGGUGGCGUGAAAGACCUGUCUGACCCCUUGUCAGAUUCCUCGCCGCCCCCUGUACAGUUCUACGAAGGAAUAGAGCGCAAGAUCAGCAAGAUCCGUGCUCGCGCGCAUUCACCGAGUCAGUAUCCAGGCUUGCAGCCACAGCACAGUCAUGUGGCGCCAUUCGAACUGCAGAACCGGUCGCUCGUCUUCCCGGCAGGCGUUGACCCUCGAAACCCGGGCAGUGGCUUCUGCGUUGAAUGCAUGAUGCGAGAUGAAGAUAUGGCCGAUGUUACUGUGAUGGAUUCAGACGUGUGGGAACGCGCGAGUGAUGCCGACUUUUACGAAGCGAUGAAGGUGGAGGAAUCCAUACGGGCCAGGAACAAGGAUCCGAUGCAGAUGCCCGAAUUCUUGUCGUUGGCUGUGGCUGGCACUCAAAGCAUAAGCCCCAGCACAGAGCUCACACAAGGCAACCUUCGUGAACACACAACGACAUCACGGUUGUCUCCUGCGACCAAGGCACGCUCAAUCUUUAUGUUUGUGUCACAGCAACGUCAUAUUCUUGGGCUGGAGGCGGACGAUGCUGCAACUCCUUCCACUUCGUCGCCAUCACGAUCGCAAAGUGCACUGCCUGUGAUGCCAGCGACAACGGCGCGCCGUGCCGCGCCCCAGUCACCGCGCACGGCACUUGAUAAGAGUGAAGCACGCAGCAUCACAGGCGCCAGCGAUGCCCGCAGCGAGCAGCCCGGACGAAGGCGCAAGUCUUCAGAGACUGUGCGCCGCGCUCGAAGCACGGGCCGAUCCCAGCCUGCCUCGCCAGAAACGGAUCUUCGAUCGUCAAGUCGCACGUCAGGACGUUCAACACCCGUGCGCUCGCCUAGAAAGCGCGCCAUGCAAGCUGUCGUCGCGCCCACGAUGCGUGGCGAGGCUCCAGAUGCAGAAGCAGAUUCGCGAAUAGAGGUGGGAGACGAGUCUAUGACGUCCACUCGCGCCGCUACGCCACCUCGCUCGCCCUCAGGCCCAUCAGGCUCAACGCGAUCUAUGCGUCGACCCACGGGACGCAGUGCAUCGCGCCCCGAUGUCCCCAAGCAGCAAGGUAGGCCUGCGACGCCGCCUAUGCCUUCACCGUCCGCCGACGAAUUUGCACCUAAAGUGCUGGCUGGUUUCCCGCGCCUCACGAGUACCCAGUCCCCACAAUAUGGCCCUGAUAUGAGCAUGAACUCGACGAAUGCAUCUGGCGCUGACGAUACUGCUAUGAGUGUCAAUCCCGAAAUGGACGAUGAAACAGACGUCUUGCGCCGAAAGUCGUCUCAGGGUCAUUCAUUGCGUGGACUUUUCCGCAAGAUGGCUCAUCGAGGAGAUGACGCAGAGAGUAUGCAUUCACGCAAGAAGCGAUCAUCCGAAUACGCUCCCGAUGUGUCAUUCGAAGAUGAUGGUCAAAAAUCGUUCUGGAAACGAUUGACACGUUCGCCCAAAUCGACAUCUUCCCACAAAUCCGUCAAGCCCAGCUCCACGCCACCCCCACCCGUUCCGCGUCUGCCAACGAGUGAAGCAUAG